AUGGGACGAGCCGCAACCCUGCCGUGUACAGGAAUAACCAACGUCUUUAGAGAGUGGCAGCGGUUUGAUGCGGAUGGUACUGCGGUGCAGUUGAUCACCCUGUACACAGGAGGCAGCACGCCUGAUCUUCAGGAGAAAGCGGGUCUGAAUACCUUCAACCUGAGAGGCAGAUUCACGGCUACAGCUGAUGAUGACUUCACAGCAACCAUCACAAACACACGGGCUAUUGAUGAUGGGAGGUACCAGUGUGACGGGUCAUCAUCUGGGGGAUCUGUUACUCAUGAACUACUCACAUACACUGUCCCAGUAAUCACAGGAGUUGCCCCAUCUGACACUGUAACCCAAGCAGUGGACAGCUCGGUCACUUUACGUUGUGACGUUACCAGUAAACCUACCGCCAACGUGACCUGGUCCCAUAACGGCACCUUAAAGAACGAGACAGGUUCAGUCCUCGUACUCAGUAACAUUGACUACGAUGACAGCGGAGACUACGUGUGCACAGCUGUCAACGGUUAUGGCACUGAAGCAACAAGAACUAUUCAGAUUACUGUUCAGCCGAAUGCCGCGACAGGUACCGGUGGUCUGGGGACUGGAGCUAUCGUUGGUAUCGUCCUCGGAGUGAUUGCUGUUGUUGUCAUCAUCGUUGUUCUUCUCGUGUAUUUCCUUAUCAUCAAGAAAUCUAGGAUGGCAUGUUGUUAUUAA